CUUACAAUAGGUCAUUGAAAUUUUUAUUAAGCGGUCGAAGAAACGGUAGUAAGAAAUUCACAAACUCCUAUUUGUGUUGUCGUUCCUAUAGACAUCAAAAAAAAGAAACGUUCGGAUAAGGCAACAUACUGUGGCCCAGUUUCAAGACAUACAUGACACAGUGUACUUUUAGUUGAAAUAUUAAAGAAUUAGCAACAUAUUUUGUUGUCGUGUCUGGUGGUAGACGUAAAUGUUGCGACAUUAUGAAAUAGUGUAUGUAAUGUUAAGUUAUUUAAAUAAAUUUAAAUAAGGUGUAUAAAAAAUCUUUAAAAAACUGUUUUUUUAUUGUAUAAUAAAUAAGCUGCUAAUGUAUUCCAAAUGAGAUUUAAGAGAAAUUAUAAUAUUAAGUUUGUGUGUGUUUUUGUGGUGUAAAAGAAAAAAUGAUUCAGCAUGAACAAGUGUUUAAAAUUAUACAAUUCCCAUCAUUAUCAACAGCAGCAUCGACAGAAACCACAGCAACAACAUUAUUAUCAUCAAUCUUGCAAAGAUCCGUAAAAAAACAUGUUACUUAAUUUCACUUUGUAUUUGUAAAAUUGUUUGUUAAAUAAUCAAACUUUUUUCUAUACGUGUUAUUUUUGACAUAAACUUUCAACUCCUCCCCCUCCUGUUACCUACACCUUCUGUCCCUAGUGUAUUUUAUUUUAAGGAGGAGUUAAUAUUGAAUUCUAAUUUAUACAAAAUAAAAGAAUGUUGACAAAAUAUUGAUAAGAAAAAGUUUUCUAAAACCAGGAGAAUUGUAAACAAUCAAAUUAAAUAGGAAGUUUAAAAAAAUAUCUUAAAAAAAACCAAAUACUAAGAAAAAGAUAUUAUUUAUGAUAAAAGAAUAGCAAGAAAAGAAAAUUGAAAAAAAAAGAAAAUUUUCUUGAAACUUCGAUGUCAUUGAGAAACGAAAUUUUGUAUUUCAUGGAUAAUUAUCUCAACUGUCGGCAAUUGUUAUUGCUGCUACUCAACAUUGAAGCAUAAUUUAAUUGUUUUAACUGAAGUGUGAGUUACAAGGAGACAAAAGAAUAAAAUAAAGAAAAAAAAAACCUCAAAUUUAAAAAAGUAAAAGAUAAACAAAAGAAAAAUAAAAUAAAUAAAAUGAUAAGAAAAUGGAAAGAAAAAAUUUUCCUAGUAGUCUUUUAGGCGCUAGAUGCCACAUUUAAUUUGAAUAAUUAAGUGAAAGUGUGAGUGGAUGUGCGUUAAGAAGAAAAAUAAAAAUACAAAAAUAAACAGUUGCCAGUUACUUCCUUCUUAUUAUAACGUGGGCAAAGUAUCUGUUUAUUAUACACCGAAACAAAUCUAAUCAGAUUGAAAGAUUUUCCUUUUUUUAUUGAAAUUUUUAUAUAAAUUGUGUACGGCAACAAAUUGUAAUUUAAAGAACGAAAAAAAAAUCUAAAAAAAUUAAAUAAUAAAAACAAAAAUUAUAACAAAAGUGUUUACUAAGCAAGUGUGCUACAGUUUGUGUGUCCUGUUUCCUGCUUCCGUUACCAUUUUGUUUUUAAACAACUGCUGCUCAUAACUGAAAGUGUAUGUGUGUGAACUAGCAAAACAACAACAACAACAUCAUCAUCACCAUCACUCGUAAUGUUAAUUAUACAAACGAUGUCAAUGUCGUUGCCAUUGUAGUUCACCCGUAUAAAAUAAAGUGAAUUAUAAACGUAAGAGUGAGCAACUCUUUAAAACUCUUACACAUUCAUCUAAACAUACACAAGUGCAAUUUGUAAUUGUAUUUUUUUCUACAUAUAUGUUGUAUGCAGUAGUUGUUUGUAAUAAAUUUUCUAUAAUUUAUUCGUUUUGUUUUUGUGUGAAAAUAUUCACAUGAAAUGUUGCUGGAAUAUUUGACGAUGCUGUUUAUUUUUGGAUUAACGACACAUAUUGAAAGGACCCGAUAUUUAGUACAAGCCUUAAAAAUGCCCACAAACGAUACCCUGCACGAUUUCAAUCACAACAACAACAUGAUUUUAGACAGUUACGACAAUACACAUCCGGAAUUUGAUAAUUCAACCGAACGAGACGUUAUAGCAGCAGUGGGCACAACAGCACGACUACAUUGUCGUGUGAAAAACUUGGGUGAUCGAGCGGUGUCGUGGAUAAGAAAACGUGAUCUACACAUACUCACAAUUGGUAUAAUGACCUAUACCAAUGAUCAAAGGUUUCUAGCGCGGCACAUAGACAAUUCCGAUGAAUGGGUCUUGAAAAUUGUAUCCGUACAGCCGAGAGAUGCAGGUGUAUACGAGUGUCAGGUGUCGGUGGAACCAAAAAUAAGUCAAGCCUAUAAGUUAAUGGUAGUUACUUCCAAAGCACAAAUUUUAGCCAACCGUGAACUGUUCGUGCAAAGUGGCAGUGACAUCAAUUUAACCUGCAUUGCACCACAGGCUCCGGGUCCCUACACUCACAUGUUGUGGUUUAAAGAUAGUGAACUAAUCAACGACUCAACACGAGGUGGCAUACGCGUCGUGUCAGAACAACAAAUGAAAACUAGCAAUUUAGUUAUUUCUCGAGUAACACACACCGAUUCGGGGAAUUAUACCUGUGCGGCAGACAAUUCAAAUAGCGACAGUGUUUUUGUACAUAUCAUCAAUAGUGAAAAACAUGCCGCCAUGCAACAUGAGUUAGCGUCACGACUGCAUAUACCACGUAGCCUUUUAGUGAUACUAACCUUCUUCUAUAUUUUAGAACGAGUCAUUAAAUGAAACUACAUGCAACUGCAACAACAUGAAGAAAAACUACAUCUAUAGUCUGCUUUAUCACCGACAAACAAACAAACACAUUUUUCUAGUCCUAAAAUAAUAAUAAAUUACAUAUAACCACCGCCAGUAGUAGAGCAGAACCAAAUAAAUAAAAAACCCAACAAGAAACUACAAACGAGCAGCAAAUUGUAUUAAAUAAAUAAAAGUGCAGUGCGGUGCAAAGCAGCGGCAGUGUAGCAGUAGUUUAUAGCCGUAAUGUUUAUAAUUAAAAAACAAAAGGCUUACAGAAAUAUAUACGCAGGAAUUUAGUACAUACACAAACAGACUUUCUUAUACAAUGUAUAAUGCUUUUUAUGAAACCUUAAAAGGCUGAAGUUUACAGUUCGAAGAUCAUCUAAAAGUUUUACAGAUAAAAUAUAUAAAACUGUAACCCUUACUGUUCUCUAUCAACCACAAAAAAAUAUACACCAGAAAGCAACAACAACAAUGAAUUGAGAAGGAAAUUUGUGGAACAAGCCACCUUUGGCAGCAUAAUAUUAGUUUAAGUUUUAUUUUGUUUGUUCAAAGGAAAUAUGUAAUCCAGGUAAAAUCCUAACGUUUAAGACACAUACACAUGUGGCUUAAUAUUAAAUAUAUAUAAGUACACACAUACGUUAGCUCCUUUUCGAGCUAUAACUAUGCUUCAAAUACGUACACAUACUAAUACCAGCUUUGUUAAGGUAUAUAGAGACAGCUAUUUGAGACAAGUUUUCAUACGAGUAUAUUGUCUUAUAAUUAUUGGUAUUUGAUUAAGCAAAAAAUAACUGUACAACAAUUUAGUUUGUGAAUACUUAAGCAAAAGACAAUAUGUGUAUAAGAGGAUUGUUUGGUAUUUUUCUGUAACAAUGUGUGUCCUUGUUGAAAGCAUUUAAUGGUACAUAUGAGGUUGUAGUUUUGUGUUUGUUAUUUUCAACUUUCUUCUUACAACAGUGUAUGUAUGAUAAUAAAUAACUGUGCUUAAAUUGCUGCCUUUGCUGUUGUUGCUACGAUUAGAAUUACAAUACAAUUACCCAGCAAUCAAAUUUGAACAUUUUGAAAUAAUUAAAUUUUUGAAUGAAUUUUUUGAGAAAUUUCUAACAAAUAACAAUUUUUGAAAAAUUGUUUGAAAAAUUUUUAAAAAUAUCAAAAAAAAAUUUUUUAAUAUAUUUUUUUUAAAUUUUAUAUUUUCUCUAAAACAUGGAUAUGUGGUUGUUACCUCUUUGCUGGGUUAGUUAUAAACUACAGCUACUACUGUUGACAUUAAACAGAUGAAAAUCUGAAUAAGCUUUGCUAAAUGUUUGUAGUCGAAUAAUUGAAUGCUCAAGUUUUGUUUUUUUUUUUUUUUUUAGAAAAAGCACAAGAAAAUAAACAAAAUUUACUAAAAAAGGAGAAAAACUCAUGCUGAGUUUUGUUAUAUGAAAUUGAACAUUUUUUUGUCUUAUUUCUAAUAUUAAGGAUUUGUAUAGUAUAGAAUUCGUAUACCAUGUAUGUGUGUGUUGUACUAAGUAUAUGUGGAUAUGUGGUUGUUAGUAACUGUGAAUUUGUGCUUGUGUGCACAAGAAUAAGUAAAUAUUUACAAGCAAUUUCUGUUUGUUUAAGAAAAACUAAUAGCAUAAAGCUAGUUUAUGACCAAAAAGGAAAGAAAAAUAAAAAAAGCAAAAAUUAAGCAGAAACCUUAUAGACCUGUAAACAUUUGCAUACAUUAACAACAUGUAUGAGAACAUAAGCAUAAGGGAAGUAUAGCCAAUGUUAAGCAUUGAAAUAAAAAAGUUCCAUAGUUUGUUUAAAACACGUCCAAGUUAAAUAAAUAUAUUGUUGUUAUACUAAAUAUACAUAUUUCUUAGAAUCUCAUACAUUGGCAUACCUUCCCUCUUUUGAGACAUUUUUAUAACAUUUCAUUUAAACUACAAUUAUUUUCAAGUGUUUGCACUUCUUGCUCGAAAAAAAUAAAACAAGAAAA